AUGUCGAUACAACGCUAUACUUUCGUGUAUGCCACGAUAGUGUUUGUAUCCGGAGCCUAUACGUUAAACCCACCCAAAAAGUUGAGCACCACCACAGGAGAAUAUGUGCACUGUGACUGGUGCAGGCCGGGAGAGUACAUGAGCCGUCCCUGUACGGUACAAUCCCCCACAGUGUGUCUACCCUGUCCCAGGGAACACUACGCGGAACAGUACAACCACUUGUCGGAGUGUCACCCCUGCCACCAGUGUAAUGUGACGGAUCAUGAACAUGAAAACCUAUCGUGUACAGCCGUGCAAAACCGACAGUGUGAAUGUGAUGAUGGGUACUUCAAGUCAGCAAACUCGCCAGUUUGCCUUCAGCACACAAAAUGCCCGAGAGGGACAGGUGUCACAGAUAAAGGUACACAUCGGACAAACACCAGGUGCAUGCGCUGUAGGCCUGGGACCUUUUCAGGCGAGAUCUCCAGCACGGCUGAGUGCAGGGCCCACACAGACUGUGCAGCCAGAGGGAAACACGUUUUCAUCAGGGGCAAUCGCAGAUGGGACAACGUGUGUGCUACAGUUACAAUGAGAGCCUCAUGUAAAAGGAAAAGACGUCGAAAAGGAUACAACAUUAAAGAACAACAUGACAAUAAGCUGUUAAUCGAUGACAAUGGUGAAUCGAACAAGAUGCUGAUUAGCAGUGAAAAAUUUCAGCUUUACAAUACGCACAGAAUGGAGGCACUCGAAUGUAGAAUAGAAGCUGAAAGAAUCGCUAUUGACCUGUGUCGAAAGGUGGAAGAAAAAAACACUCAUCUAAAGAACCAGGUAGAAUCUGAAAAGGGAAAGGUUGCACGAUUGAAAGACCAGAUCGCCUCCCUGACCAUCAAGAAUACAUACGGAAUGAGUCGUAAACCAUGUGGGGUCGCCGUCAUCAUUAACAACAUCCACUUUGAGGACAUGGCCACACGUGAUGGGGCUGAGGGAGAUACAGAUCGCCUUCGAGAAGCCUUCGAAAGUCUUGGUUUCACUGCCAUGACCUUUAUCGACCUUGACCACUCCAAGAUGGUGGCUUCUAUAAAGGACCAGGGAAAGACUGAUCACUCCAACUACGACUGUUUCGUCUGCUGCGUCAUGUCGCACGGAACCACGGGAAAGGUCUUCUCGUCCGAUGACGUAGGCAUAGAUAUCUGUGAGCUCAUGAAAACAUUCAAUGCUAACAAAUGCCCUUCUCUGAAAGGUAAACCAAAGCUGUUCUUCAUUCAGGCAUGUCAGGGAAAGAAAAUCCAAGGAAAAGAGUGUGUUGAAGUAGAUCUUGAUGCCACACCUGGUGACGAUGUCCCCUUAAACUUCAUCUGCCACGAAGCCGAUUUCUUCCUGGGCCUGUCCACGGUCCCAGGUUAUGUGGCUAGGCGGGACCAGGACGGGGCUCCCUAUGUGCAGCAUUUGGCAAAACUGCUGAAAGAUUUUGGCCCAUCUCACGAUCUACUCGCCAUUAUGGCCAUGGUUUGUGACAAAAUGAACGAUAUCAAUGACGACAAGUGUGGGUGGAUCUCCUCAAACCACAGCACUUUGCGCAAAAAGGUCUUCUUCAACACAAAGUGA